AUGCCGAGCAGCGAGGACUCGAGCGCGUCGCGCCACAACACGUGGACGCUGGACGAGUUCGCCGACCUGGUGGUGGCCUGGGAGCUGGCCACCUCUCGUCCACGCGACGCCAGCGCGCAGACCCUACACGACGCCGUGUUCAAGCACUUUGUGGCUCGCCGCGGCGGUUCCACCCGCCGAAACAAGGCCGCACUCACCAGUAAACGCAGUGCACUCAAAUUCUCGUACCUCUACAUAAGGGAAUUCGACAAUGAGCAGAAAUUGAAGAAGCUACCGACAUAUUUCGAGUUGCCAAUCUCCAAACGGAUCGAACUUUUAAUCAGCUGGAAGAGAAUCAACUCGAGUCUCGUGGAGAUCAGCCACGUCAUGUUCCAAGGUCUGGCCAAGACAAAGCACGUUGUAACGGCGCGCUCCACGAGCAAUCCGUGGUCCUCUGACGAGAUGAAACAGUUAGUAAAAGCGUGGGGCAUCGCCGCGCAGACGGUCUGUGAUAGUAAAUCGGGGGAACCAAUGUCCAUCGUGCACGAGAUGUUCCGACAGUUUGAGAACCUGCAACAAGGCAGGAGCAUCCGCAACUUAUCGGGCUUAGCCACACGACGCCGAGUGUUGAAGCAGUCGUACUCUAGGAUUUCCGCCUUUGACAAGAUCCAGGAGAUGAAUGGAGAGCCCAAAUUCACGGAUCUACCGGCGACAUCGAGGCAAAGUUUGAUGCGGUCCUGGAAGAACGCCAACCUGCUGGAUCUGUCGCCGGAAAUGUACGCGGAGCUGCAUCAUAUCAUCGCACUGGACACGCGCGCAGUGGCGCUGGAAGACAUCCGGCGCGCUCGAGCUACGGGUAGCUCGGUGACUGGACGUGGCGGGCGGAAACCAGGCAGGCCGCUCAAGAAGCAGAGGACGUUAAGACUCUUGCAGGACGACGACGUCGACAGCAACGUGUCGUCGCAGCCUCCGAGUGUUGCGGACGACAGCGAAGAGGAGAAAGGCGCGAUCCCCUUGAUGAUUAUCCAGAGCCGUGCAGAGGACCAGGCACACAGCUAUGUACCCAUUUACUCUGACACCAGACAACCUACUGAGACAAUGAUAGCUCUUACUUCUAGUACGGGUGGUGAAAGUCCGAUUGUUUCACGUCAAGACGCAGCACCUCCGAAGCGUUUACUGCCUGCGAUCAACGCUGCGAGAACGGCUUCUAUUCAAGCGGACAGUGCGAUCUCUGUAGCUGUUCCAGACCGCGUGACGCACAAGCCGCUGGCUCCAAAGCCUAUCGAGCUGGUGGAACCGACCGAUCAGCCGAAAGCGGCAGAGGAAGACGACGACGCGCCAAUUAAAAGCCCAGGACGAUGGGGCAAGCGGAAGCGGAAGGUGCAUCCGGACGGCCCUAACGGCCAUUUAUGGGAGAACAAGGAGCUCCAGAUCCUGAUCGACGCGUGGGAAAAAGCAGCCAUCCUCGUGUGCAACAGCGACCCGUCCAAGCGACUGUCACUGAACAGCGAGAUGUAUCGGGAGUUCGUGGCCAUGCAGGGUGGCUCCUCUGUGCGCAACAGUACUGCACUCGCCGCACGACGCAGCUCGCUCAAGUUUUCGUACGCGCACAUCCGCGCGUUCAAUGAGUCGCAGAAGGCCAAAGGAGAACCUUCUUUCCACGAAAUCCCACAAGAUACGAGGAUGAACCUACUGCGGUCAUGGAAGAACCGCAACUCGGUGGACUUGACCAAGAGAAUGUACGACACCUUGGGGCGGAUCCUCGCCAUGGACGAGAAACUGGCAGAAGUCCGCAGUAUGCGUCCGCCGCCGCACGCUAAAGCCAAGAAACCUGUCAAAAGCGUUGCCGAAUCGUCCGAAUCCAAGACUCUUGAUGCGAAUUACAUUGCCAAGACAGCCAAGUGGACCACAGAGGAGUCGGCGGACUUGAUCAGAGCGUGCGCCGACGUCAUGAACGCUCCGAACGACGCGGAAUUGUCGCAAACGGACCGCGAGUCGCUCAUCUUCGACGCGUUUGUGGCUCGUCGAGAGCACGCAGGAGACACGGACACUCCUGUCCGACGAGAUCUGCGGUCCAUGGCGCAGCAGUGGAGGUAUAUCCUGGCGUCGUACACGUACAUCAAGGCAUGCAACGACGAUCGGUCGGAAGCCGAGAGUCCGUCUUGGUUCGAGAUGUCAGCCAUGCAGAAGCGAGCGUAUCAGCAGUGUACGAACGUGCCGCUGAAGUUUGUGGAUCUGGACGAAGCCGUGUUCGCGCUGGUCACCAAGACUUCGUUCGUCGCGGUGUCGACGUCUGUCGAUUCGUCUCCAGCGUCCAAAACGCCGACCGAAGGCAUUUCGUUGCGUCCGCGCUCUACGCGGAAGAAAACCGAGGCGUUCUGGUCGUCCGAUUCCGAGUCUUCCGUGUCCGAGAUCCCCACGCCAGAGGAGCCAAGUGGCACGAAGGAGCCUGUGUUUACAGCCGGGAAGAAGCGCAACAACUGGCCCGCCGAGGAGAUCUGGAACUUGAUCCAAGCGUGGGAAGAAGCGUCGGAACUGACCAAGAGCACGAAGCUGACUGCGGCGAUCAACGAGGCCUACGCGCUCUUUAUGAAGCGAGAAGGACCGGGCAAUCGGAACCGCACGCUGAAUAGUGUGCGCAACAAGAUGAUCGCGUUGAAUUCGUCGUACAACAACAUCGCGGCGUUCAUCGCCGAGCAUGGCGACAGCGCGACGUGGUUUAACCUGACGCAAGAAGAGCGCUUGGUGGAGAUCCGGAGCUGGGGCAACAAGACGGUCAUUGAUCUCAACGAAGACAUGUACAACUCGAUGACGCGGAUCUUGCGCGGGAAAGCGAGUGGCGCGGACGACAAAGCCGGCAAGAGGAAGCACGGCAAACCUGCGAAAACGGAUACGAAAGACCCGGAGAGUAAGAGUCAUACCGGACAGAAACCAGACAAGUACGUGGCUGCAAACUGGAGCAAAGAAGAGCUACUGAAGCUCGGGGAAGCGUGUGGCGAGUUGCUGGAAGGACGACGCAGUCGACGCUACGUGUUUGAAGAGGAGAAGGACCGGUUCUUCCGGAAGUAUGAAGAGCUGGGCGGCACCAACUCGUUGGCGGCGACUGUGGGGCUCGCGAGGUUCGUGUUGGAUUCGUACGAGUUUAUUUACUUUUACAACCAGAAGGCGGUCGAGACCGAGUGCUUGGGCUGGUUCGAACUGGAUCUGGAAGACCGCGACGACAUCUCGACGAGAGUGAGCAGGUCGUACCGCAGUUUUAACGGACUGACGACUGUGGACGAAGAAAUCUUCCACGUGAUUGACAAGAUGGACGCCGAGCUGCGUGUGAAACUGGGAGAGACCAAGAAGAAGACGUACAAGCCUCCGAACGACGCGGCGUCUUCUCGCUAUGUGGACAUUGAGGCUGUAGUGGAGCGUUGCGUGUUCAAGCCGACGCAAUCUACCAAGAAGACGGACGCUCCAGAAGAAGAAGAAGAGUCAGAAGAAGAAGAAUUGGACGAAGAAGACGAGGCUUCAGACAGCGACUCGACGGCACGUUCUCGUCCGGUGAGAGACGCUCCGACUCGCGUGCGUCGCGACUCUGUUGCUAGUCGUAAACGCUCGAGGGGAGACGCUGACGAAGCAGAAGAAGGUUCGUCGACCUUGUACCUGACGGAGAUCAUCCAAGAGCAGAACCGGAAACUGGAAGAAGCCGUCAAGCGGUUCCGGAAGGAAAGCGCCGUCGCUCGGAAGGAACACCACGACUUCUUGGUACGGAAGAUCCAGGACAGCUUCCCGGUUGACUCUGGCCACGGCUCGUUCUUGGAGCGUGUCGCGGAGAGACAAGGACAGACGCUGGCCGACAUCUUCCAGCGCUUACAGCAGCAACGCGACGCCGAGAAGGCGAAAGACGAGGAACUGAUGCGGCAGCUGUUUGCCUAAGUGUGUGCAGGUACUUGAGUUAGUUUUUUUAUCCUACUUUAUGGC